UCUUAUUACAUUAUCUCUCGAUCAAGAUCUGAAUCUUUUCUCAGAUGGGUUGCUUGAUUGCUCCUGUAAUGAAACUCCGCAGUCUAUCUUCAGCUGGUUCACGGCGGUUUGCAUACCGGAAUCUGACCGACGAAGAUAUGGAGGAUUCGGUCAUAAGAGUGGUGGUAGGCAAGGAGAAGAAGGAGUUCUUGGUCGAACCGUACGUCCUCGAAGAGACACCGUUUAGAGUCUUGAUUGGUUCUGCUAAAGAUCGUGCCAAGAGACGUUUAAACCGGUCUGGUAGAGUAGUGUGGCUUGAUCAUGUCGACUCUAUCUUGUUCGAGCACUUGCUGUGGCUUCUUCGUAACGAUACAUCUACAUUUUUGGAUAUUGAUGUCGUCGAGAUCAUUGAGUUCUAUGCUCAAGAUUGCUAG